UGCGGCGGGGAGCGCGGCAUCCUCUCGGCGCAGAGCCGAGCAGCACACCACCAGCAUCACCACCGCCCACGGCUGCCCAGCGUGGAGGAAAAAGUGCCUGUGAUCAGACCCAGGAGGAGAUCGAGCUGCGUGUCCUUAGGGGAAACUUCGGCCAGCUACUAUGGCAGCUGCAAAAUGUUUAGGAGACCCUCGUUGCCUUGCAUUUCCAGAGAGCAGAUGAUACUUUGGGAUUGGGAUUUGAGGCAAUGGUACAAGCCCUAUUACCAGAACGCUGGCAGUGGAAGUGGAGUUGAUCUUUCAGUACUAAAUGAGGCUCGGAGCAUGCUAACAGACCUUCUGACUGACCCAUCCCUUCCUCCACAAGUGAUUUCUUCCCUUCGAAGCAUUAAUAGUUUGAUUGGUGCUUUCUCAGGCACAUGCAGGCCAAAGGCUAGUCCGUUCACACCAUUUCCUGGCUUCUUCCCUUGUCCUGAAAUAGAGGAUCCUAGAGAUCGGAAGCUGCUCAAGGGAUUAAAUAGCAGGAAUAGCCUGCCAACACCACAGCUGAGGCGAACCUCGGGAGUUUCUGGCAUUCCACCUAUAGAACCAACAUCUUGUAGAUGGGAGCGGAGUAACAGCAAGAGAUCUCAUCAGGAGUACAACGCAUCGAGCCAAGGAUCUCAUUCAAAUGGGUCUUUUGGUGCAAACUUGCUGACAAUCCCAAAACAAAGGUCAUCUUCUAUGACAUUGACCCAUAUAGGCCCCAGACGAGCAGGUGCUUCUCCUGCCCUGAGUCCUGUGGGUUCACCUAGCCAUGGAUCUGUCUCCAGUGGGGCUUUCAGCAGCUGGUCACCUGUAGAAUUUCCUGAUACUGCUGAUUUUCUGACAAAACCAAGCAUUAAUAUACAUAAGCCUUCAGGAUACACAUUUAGUUCUCCAGAUAUUCAGCAGCAAGUUAAAACACCUGUAGGCUAUGUGUGUAGCAGCUGUGGACGUCAGAUACUCAAGCCUGUUCCAACACCAGAACCAGAAUUUGCAGAAUAUAAAGACAGAAAACCAGGUGAUAGUGGAAGUGCCAGUAUUUCAGCAGACUCUUCCCACCAUGCAGAGAAGACGAAGGACGAAAGGGAGGAAAUGGUUGAUCAAACACAGAAUAGUCAGCUUGUGGAGCAGAGUCCUACGUUAGAAACAACAUUACUAGACCAUGAUUCGUUAAUGGAGAAGAUGAACAACUGGAAUUUCCAAAUUUUUGACCUUGUACAAGAAAUGGGAGACCAGUCUGGAAGGAUCCUUAGCCAGGUAACUUAUACCUUGUUUCAAGACACUGGUUUGUUUGAAAUUUUCAAAAUCCCAACGCAAGAAUUCAUGAAUUACUUCCGUGCACUGGAGAAUGGCUACCGAGAUAUUCCCUAUCACAAUCGUGUCCAUGCCACAGACGUUCUGCAUGCAGUGUGGUACCUGACAACACGGCCCAUCCCUGGAUUUCAGCAGAGUCAGAAUGAGCGCAGGAUGGAAAGUGAGAUGGAAGAAGCAAGGGAUAUUGCCCCUGUUCCAGUCAGCUAUAUUACUUCAAAAAGUUGUUCUAUUGCUGAUGACAGUUAUGGUUGUCUGGCAUCAAACAUACCUGCUUUGGAACUGAUGGCUUUGUAUGUAGCAGCUGCCAUGCAUGAUUAUGAUCAUCCUGGUCGUACAAAUGCUUUUCUAGUGGCUACAAAUGCACCUCAGGCUGUUCUCUACAAUGACAGAUCAGUCUUAGAAAAUCACCAUGCUGCUUCUGCCUGGAAUCUUUUCUUGUCACGACCAGAAUACAACUUCUUAGCAAAUCUUGAUCACGUAGAAUUCAAGCGUUUUCGUUUCUUAGUGAUUGAAGCAAUCCUUGCCACAGAUCUCAAGAAGCAUUUUGAUUUCCUUGCAGAAUUUAAUGCCAAGGUCAAUGAUAUCGACAGCCAUGGGAUAGAAUGGAGCAAUGAGAACGAUCGCCUGCUGGCCUGCCAAAUCUGCAUCAAACUGGCAGAUAUUAACGGCCCAGCAAAAGUUAGAGAGCUGCACCUGAAGUGGACCGAAGGCAUUGUCAAUGAAUUUUAUGAACAGGGUGAUGAAGAGGCAAGUCUUGGAUUACCUAUAAGCCCCUUCAUGGAUCGUUCUUCUCCACAGCUUGCAAAACUGCAGGAAUCUUUCAUCACUCACAUAGUUGGCCCCCUCUGUAACUCAUAUAAUGCAGCCGGGUUGCUUCCAGGGCAGUGGGUUGAUGAAGAGGAGGGGGAUGCAGAAAGUACUGAAGAUGAUGAUGGAGCACUGUUGGAGAGUGACGAUGAAGAAAUAGAUGAUCUUACUUUAAAAGCUCAAAGAAAAAAAGGUAGACGAAUAUUUUGCCAGCUAAUACACCACCUCAGUGAAAAUCACAAAAUAUGGAAGAAAGUGAUUGAAGAGGAAGAAAAAAAUAACUCUGAAGGAGCUAAACUGCUGACUGAGAUCUCAUCUUUACCUCAAGCAGAUGAAAUUCAGGUUAUUGAGGAAGCUGAUGAAGAAGAUGAGCGACAACUAGGAGAAGACAAGACAUGCUAAGAAAACUUCAGUGGUGUCCAGUAUAAUGAUAGCCUAUUUUUUUUUCACUGUGCUGACUUUAGCCUGACACAGCUCUCAUAAAAUUGAAAGGCCUUAAUACUGUGAGAGGAUUCUUUCUACUCUAGUGGAAUCCCACUCUUAUGCACUUUUGCCACACAGAAUAUGAAACUUUAUUCAGAGAUUGAGUAUUGUAUACCCUGAUGCAAAGUUCUUUAUGCCUUAGUUGAUAUAAAAUAUCCUGAUAUAAUGCUGCCUUGCUGAAUAUGGAACUCUUCCUUGAGGUACCUGCAAUUUUUAAAAACAUUGUGACUUCAAUUACCAAAGUGGCAAGAACUUUUUGCUAACAAGGCAAUGUGGGAUGGAUUCUAAUAUCAUUUUGAGUUAUUUCAUGUUGUUUUGGAACAUGAAUGAGAAAAGGUCUGUGCCUAUAUGAAAACUAUGUUACUGUUGCAGUGCAAGCCUGUUGUGGGGUGUCUACUUAGUGCAGUAGUGUGCUUAAUGUAGUCAUCUCAGAGCAACUAUUCAAGGACUGUGACAUAAAUGCUGAAUUCUGAUAUUUGUGGUU